AUGGGCCCCUGUACCGCCUCCCCAUGCUGCUGCCAGGCCCGUAAUCUGCCAUGGGCCCCUGUACCGACUCCUCAUGCUGCUGCCAGGCCCGUAAUCUGUCAUGGGCCCCCUGUACCGACCGCCUCCUCAUGCUGCUGCCAGGUCCAGAGUGUGUCAUGGGUCCCUGUACGGCCUCCCAUUGCCUGCUGUCUCUAUCGCCACACUCUGCCAUGUGCCACUUUCAGGUCUCCUCACACUGCUGGUGGUUUCCAUUUUUGUCAUAGGGUGCUGUAUGGCCUCCCAUUGCUGCUGCCUCCACCGCCACACUGUGGCUCCACACUCUGGUUUUGGCCCCGUGACUGCCCAAAUGAGUGAAGUGUGCGGUGAUUCUAAGAUCGACGGCACUCAUCUGCAUGUCAUACUGACUGACAGUAUUAUUUCUCUUCCCAGCAGACUCCAAGGGCAUUUAAAUUAAAGGUACAGUGUUCUGCACUAAUAUA